AAUCAUAAAUAGUUACAAUUAACGUCCCAGAAUGCAAAUAAUUAAUUCUUUUCAGAAUUAAAUAUGAAGUCAUGAUGCUCUCCUCAGUCCUCUCUCUCUCUCUCCCCCCUCCCCCCCUUCUCUCUCUCCUGUUUCUCUCUCUACCUCGUUCUGGCGGCGAUGCUUGCCGGCCUUGAAUCUUCUGCAUCCUAUUCUGUUACGGGCGUCGAAAGAGUAAUACAUCGCGAGCGCUGCACCUGACUGGCUGCCCACGGUCGCCUUUUCUGGUAGAAAUAAGAUUGAUUCUUAAUCCCAGCUCGGAUCAGAAUCAGCAGCUCUAUUGUUCUAUGAUUUAUUACGUAUAGCCUUAUUUUCUUGCAUCUCUAAUUUUGCUAUUUGAGAUGAUCUGAAAAUUGAGCUGGAUAUGGUGGUGGGAGUGUCUGUAGCAUUGCUGAAAGUUUGAAUCUUUAUUGGGAAUUUGGUUUCAAUUUUUUCAAUUUUGAUUAGGGUUGAUUUCGGAAUAAUAUAUGAAACCAAAUCGAUAUUUAGGGUUUCUCUGAUUGUGGAAGUUGGAGGCUUGAUAGUGGGGAAGUGGAGUUGGAUAUAUUGAUGGGCAUGAUUGGCAGAUGAGAAAUCUGCUGUUUGGAGAUGGGAAUUUAGUAUUCUGAUUUGGAAAUCUACUAUUGUGAAAUUGGGAGCUGAAUUUUGAAUGAUAAAAGUGGGAUUUUGAUUUUGGGAUUUCUACUGAAUUUUGUUAACUUGUUUGGUGUGUGCAUCAAAGGCUAUAGCUAUGGUUUCCAAAGCCCGAAAGUCGAAGAGGUCUAUGCUAUCUUCUUGCAAUGGUGACAAGAUAGCUGAUGGUCUCUCUGUUGGGGAAGAAACCGAAAGAAGACUGAGAGAAGGUGAUGAUGGUCGAUUUAUUUUGGGAUCAAGUGAUUCAUAUCUCCCUGGUUUGCACGACGACAUUGCACUAACGUGCAUUGCUCGUGCUUCCAGAUCAGAUUACGCUUCUUUGUCAUGCCUAAAUGUGAGGUUUCAUAUGCUAAUCAAGAGUGGAUAUUUGUAUGAACUGAGGAGGCAGUUGGGGGUUGUGGAGCAUUGGGUUUACAUGGUGUGUGAUCCGAGGGGAUGGGAGGCGUUCGACCCUUUCAGGAACAAGUGGAUGAGAUUGCCUAAGAUACCAUGUGACGACUGCUUCAACUGUGCAGAUAAGGAGUCGUUAGCAGUAGGGAGCGAGCUGCUAGUUUUUGGCCGCGAGUUGUUUGAUUUCGCCAUAUGGAAGUACAGCUUGCCUUGUCGUGAUUGGGUCAAGUGUGAAGGGAUGAACCACCCUCGCUGUCUCUUUGCAUCCGGCAGCCUUGGCUCGGUUGCCAUUGUAGCCGGGGGUAGUGACAAGAACGGGAACGUGUUGAGGUCUGCAGAGCUCUAUGAUUCCCUGACCGGGAAGUGGGAGAUGCUACCGAGCAUGCAUUGCCCCCGUAGAUUGUGCUCUGGUUUCUUCAUGGAUGGCAAGUUUUACGUGAUUGGUGGGAUGACAAGCCCCACGGAUUCGUUAACCUGCGUGGAGGAGUUUGAUCUCGAGACAAGGAAGUGGAAGAAGAUCGAAGACAUGUACCCUAAUGUGAACCGUGCUGCUCAUGCGCCUCCUCUUGUUGCAGUCGUUGACAACCAGCUCUACGCUGUGGAGUCGUUAACAAACAUGGUGAAUAAGUUUAACAAGGAGAGUAACUCGUGGGAGGCGUUGGGAAGGCUCCCCGUUAGGGCUGAUUCCUCGAAUGGUUGGGGUCUUGCCUUCAAGUCUUGGGGGCAGGCCCUCCUCGUCGUUGGUGGUCAGAAGGGCCCCGAGGGUGAAACCAUCGUGCUGAACACGUGGCAUCCUGAAUCGGGUGUCAAAGAUGGCUCGUUGGACUGGGAAGUCCUCGGUGUCAAGGAUCAUUCCGGUGUCUUCGUCUACAAUUGCGCCGUCAUGGGCUGCUGAGAGAUGUAUGCCUCUCUUCACCUCUGCAGGCGCUGUUGUUUAUGAAUUUUCAUCAUUUUGUUUCAGUGAAAUCUGUUACUGUAUGAAUAACCCUCUUUGCGAGUGUUGACAUGUUUAUGUUUUCUCUACAAUUCUGGUUUCGGAAUCUUUAGUUUUCUUCUCAAAGUCUCAACAACAAAAGGUUUGUAUGUAAUGUUUACUUACUCAUGCUUUGUAUUGGACAUAGAAAAGAAAAAAUGAGUCUCUCUUUUCAA